AUGCGCGAGUUUGUUGCGGCUGGUAAAUGCGUAAAUCAAGGCCGUGAGGUGUUCACCAAGUGCAUACGCGAAACGGUCAAUAAUGUGCUGAAGGUGAAAUUGGUAGAGGACAAAAUGAAGAUUCCUUUCCUCUGCUGUCAGGUGGGUGCCACCAGGUCCUGUCUAAUGAAGGAGGCAAAGAAGGUGAAGGGCUGCAAGGAUGAACACGUGGAAACGCUAAACAGCCGCUUCAAUCAAGUCUCAAUGGGAACGAUGAACUUGGCUUGUGUGAUUGUGGGUGGUGGUUCAGGUGGCAUUUCAGUGGCGGCUCGAUUUGCCCGAUAUUUAAACAUUGUCCGGAAAGGCGGAACAAUAGCUGUGAUUGAGCCACAAAAUGUGCACUACUAUCAACCACUCUGGACACUUGUUGGAGCUGGCAUCAAAGACUUGCCUUCUACUGCGCGCGAUAUGAGUAGUGUAAUGCCAAAGGGUGUUGACUGGAUAAAGGAUUACUGUACGGAGGUUGACCCAAAAAAUAACAGCAUUCGUUUGGCUGGUGCAGCUGGCUCAAUUAAGUACGAGUACCUCAUUGUGGCAGCUGGUCUGAACAUUGACUGGAAUAAAAUAGAGGGCUUAACAGAGGCUUUAGAAACACCUGGUGUUUGCUCAAAUUAUUCCCCAAGAACCGUGCAGAAGACUUUUAGUGCAAUUGAAAAUCUUAAGAAUGGAAACGCCAUCUUUACCUUUCCAAAUUCUCCCGUCAAGUGCCCAGGCGCACCGCAGAAGAUUAUGUACCUCACUGAUGCUCAUCUUAGAAAGAACGGAAGGCGAUCAGAUGUCACCUUUCACUACAACACAGCAUUGCCGGUCAUAUUCGGUGUGAAGCACUAUGCAUCAGCCCUAAUGGAAGUUUGCAAAAAGCGUGAUUUAAAUGUCAAUACACGACUAAACUUGAAGAGAAUAGAUCCACUGGUAAAGACCGCUUACUUUGAGCAGCUUGAUCAUCCUGACAAGCCUUUGGCGGAGUGGAAAUACGAAAUGCUGCACGUCACACCACCAAUGAGUGCGCCCAAGUUUUUAGCCCCGCUUUCCAGUGAUUCUGCAAAUGGUUUCGUUUCCAUCGACACAAAAACACUUCAGCACCUUGAAUUCCCAAACGUAUUUGCCAUCGGUGAUUGUGCUGCUUUACCUACUUCAAAGACUGCUGCAGCAAUUGCGUCUCAGAACUACAUUCUUGCUCGAAAUCUACUUCAAGUAAUGCAAAGCGAUGGUGAAACGGUCAAGGAGUUUCCCGAACAAUACGAUGGAUACACGUCAUGUCCUUUGGUCACUGGCAACGACAAGUGUAUCCUGGCAGAGUUCAAUUAUUCACUUGAACCGUUGGAGACGUUUCCGCUGAGCCAGGCAAAAGAACGUACUUCAAUGUAUUUUAUGAAAAAAGACGUGUUGCCCUUCAUCUACUGGAAUGCAAUGCUCAAAGGACGCUGGAGAGGACCUAAAACGUUUCGACAAGUUGCUCAUUUAGGCUUCAGUAAUUAG